AUGUCUCGGUCUGGGCUGGUUUGUGGUCGUGGUUUGUGGUCGACUUUGGAGCUCCAGAACGAAUUGAUAGCAUACCAAAAGGAAUUCCCGUACGUGUUCUCUGUUUCCAUGCAUGCCGUAACCCCGCGCCUUAUAACAUUGGCAGCUGUCUGUCAGCGUAACGGGCGUCCUUACCCUUCUCGUCCAUGGGUAAGCCAGCGUCCCAGUGAUUCAUCUCAAUCCCAAAUGUUAAUGAAACUCCUCGAUAGCUUUUUUGCGUAUAGGAUAUACAAUUUCCUUUCGAAAUAUCGACUGCUUGUCACCAUUCCUAUCGUAGUUUUGGCUUUACUUCGAGUCGGUUUCGCUCUAACGACUGCGCAUCUCAUGCUGAAGGACCGUAGCCUUGCCGUCUUCAAGGAUCAUCAUGAGUGGAUCUUCUCCCUUGGACUGGGGCUCUCAUCUGGAGUCGAUAUUCUUAUCACCAUCACCAUGAUGGCCAUUCUGCACGGCUCUCGCUCAUCGUCGUUAAGCCUCGACACAGUGAUCAGGUCCUUGAUCUUGUACACAUUGGAGAAUAGUGCUCUCACUACCGCCGCAACUAUUGUUUCGAUGAUAUGUUGGCUAGUCAUGGAUAAUCUCAUCUUCUUAGCAUUACACUUCAUCAUCGCGAAGCGUACGUAUAUCUAA